GCCAGCUUUAUUGGAUUUGGCAGGAUCUAAGUCUCAGCAUAGCCAGCUCAAUAAGAAGAAAAUUGUGUUAUUUAGUGAGGCAGAUUUCACCAGUUGCAUAAUUACUGAUGAUGAGUAUAGCAUUUAAAAGUUACCAAGUACUUCAAGAACUCUUUUGAAUGAUUCUGCCACUGAACCAAGUGAAAUAAGAAGUCAUGGGAACAAAGAUGAUCAAAUUGCCGCAUUAGAAAAACAGGUCGGUUGUUUGCAAAUCCAUAACAAUAUUGAUGAACCAGAGCAGUCUACCAAAAGGAAUGGUAGGACUUUCAAGGAUGAGAACAGCAUUACAGAGGCAUCUACACAUCCUUCCAACAAUAAUCUCAAUGUGGAUGGAAGGAAAUACAUUGGAUAGUGGAAAUAAUGAUGUAUCAAAUACUACUACAUUAAAAUCUUCUCUGAAGCCAUCAUAUGCAAAGAAAGAAACUCGUUCAGUAACUUGGGCAGACGAGAAGACUGAUCUUAGUAGCAGAAGAAUCAUUCUCAGUGAUUCUGGAGACCCAAAGAAUCUCCAAAGUGUGUCUGGGGAACUAGAGUCAACAAGUACGGAGAAGGAUGACGAUUCAUAUCGCUUUGCAUCUGCAGAAGCCUAUGCAGCAGCAUUGAGUGAAGCAGCAGAAGCUGUUGUCUCGGGCUGUGAUGUCUCAUCUGCUGUAUCUGAAGCUGGGAUUAUUAUAAUACCACCACCACAAGAAAUGGAUGAAGUGGAUUAUUGGGAGGAUGUUGAUGUAGAGCCACAUUUGCAAAAAUGGCCAACAAAGCCAGGGUUACCAAAUUAUGAUUUGUUUGAAUCUAAAGAUUCUCUUUAUGACAUUCCACCAGAGGGGUUUAAUUUGUCUUUGUCACCAUUUUCAACAAUGUUUAUGGCACUCUUUGCAUGGAUAUCAUCAUCAUCCUUGGCCUUUAUAUAUGGGCGUGAUGAAAGUGACCAUGAUGAAUAUUCAUCUAUUAACGGGCAAGAAUAUCCACGCAAGAUUGUACUCUCUGAGGGACGCUCAAUUGAAAUUAGGCAAACUCUUGCUGGCUGUCUCGCACGGGCCUUGCCCGGCGUGGUGGCUGAUCUUAGGCUCCGGAUACCGAUAUCAACUCUGGAAAAGGAAAUGGAUAAAUUGAUUGAUACAAUGUCUUUUGUGGAACCGCUACCCCCAUUCAGAAUGAAGCAGUGGCAGUUGAUUGUUCAUCUGUUUCUUGAUGCUCUCUCUGUAUCUAGGAUUCCUGUGCUUAAUUCAUUUAUGACAGAGAUGAGAUUCCUGCUUCCGAAGGUCUCCACUGUUGUGAAAGGUUGCCUGGAUGGUGAUCAUGAUCCCCCUCCCCCACCGCCACCACCUUAACGACUGUCUAAGUUCUAACAACUUUUGCUACAUCAUUAUUCAGUCAAACCCGAAUUCACAUCGGUGUGGCAUAGAACCAAAGUUGUAGUUUUAUGUUUACAAUGUGCAUUUGUCGAGUCCUAAGUUUUGAAAAAGCAAACAUUAUGGUUUACUCAUUUCCUAGAUUUGGUUUUUUGUUCACAAAUAGGUUCAAGAAGAAGCUGGUGUAAGUGCUGAAGAGUACAAGAUCAUGAAGGAUCUCAUUAUUCCACUAGGCCGAGUACCUCAUUUCACGAUGCAGAGUGGAGCAUAAAGCUUUAUGCCAAGA